UUAAUGAGACAAUACUACCUGUGAAAUUAGAAUCCAAUAUAUUGGAUGAAGCUAUGGAGGUUGACAUGAAUAACAAUAUAAACUCAAAUGUAAUAGUAAUCUCAGAUGAUGAAACCAGUCAAGAUCCACAACUUCUAAGAGAUAGGACAUUAAGACAGAGAGGACCCAAUACUUCAGUUCCAAACAAAGGGUCAAAGGUGCGUAUCAAUGACCAAUCGUGUCCACUGUCUUGUGGGGCUUUCAGAAAUCUUCGUCAACACGUUGAGUAUCAUCAUCUUCCAAAACAAUUUCAUCAAAAGAACAUGAACAAUUCCCAAAUGCAUAAUUUUAGGCUUGAAAGUUUGUUUUGGCUCGCGGAGAAAAUUGUUAGCAAACGUAGUAUUGUCAAACUCUAUCAUUAUUGUCAAAAAACAAUUUGGAUUUCCAGGAAUGUUCCUAUUACAGAUGAAGUGAAGGAGUGGUUGGAAUUAUGGAAAGAACUUGAAAAUUGGGAUUGUCCCAAACAUUUCCAGUUUAACCCAAUUAAUUCUUGGGCACUGGUUGGACAUUGGAGGAUCCUUUUAGAACUUAUCCAAACUCUGUCAGUUGAAGAUAGGCAUCAAUUUCGUAGAAACAUGCCAGACACUCUGGAAGUUACUCUAACUGAAGGAAAAAGAACAGUGCAUUCUACAAACACAGACGACGCUGCAGUCCAACUUUCUACUCGUUCUUCUACAGUACAACCAAUUUCUAUAAACACUUCAAUGGCACCGGUUCAACAAGUCAGUUCAGUGCCAACAAAUUCUGAAGCCAUGGACAACAAUUUUUCUGUUCAACAAGAGAUUCCAGUGCCAACCAAACCUAAAGCCAUGGAUAGUCAUUUCCAUUUAGACCGCUCACUGUUCAAACUAAAUUUAAACAAGUUCAGCUCUACCCAAGAUUUGAUAAAUGUGUCUGUGGGUUCAAUUCCAAGAAAUGAAGUGGAAGUAGUAGGUGGAAUAGCCAUUUUUUGCGAUCCCAAACACUUUUUGGGAGAUUAUACACAUCUUGGGCAUGGUUUUUCAGCCUCGGUAGGAAUACAUCCACGGAACGUUUCAUCCAUUGACAGUUUACCGUCAAUUCUUUGUAAGUUAGAUCAACAAUUAAAACUUGCCAAUGUUGUGGCUUUGGGUGAAGUAGGAUUGGAUCAUACGGAACCAGAGGAGAAGUGGGAGAACCAAGAGAAGGUGUUGGUAGAAGUUUUAAGUUUGGUCUCAAUCCGGACUCCCGUGAUUCUACAUAUAAGAGAUCAAAGGGACAAAGAACCUGGAGAAUUAUACCGAAGAUGUUUAAAUCUCAUCAAAACUAGUGGGAACACUGCCAGAAAUCAACCUUUUCAUUUACAUUGCUUUACUGGUACAACUGAGACCAUGAGAAUUUCCCAAUACUUAUUUUGGGUUUACUGGAAUGGUCUGGUUCUUUGACAAUUAUCAGCAAGCAGCACUGCAGAAAGUACCACAGAAUCGGUUAUUAAUUGAAACGGAUUCUCCAUAUCUGAAAAUGUCAAAAGCUGCAAGUAUGAACAAUCCCAAAUUCAUUGGGGAUGUAGCUGCUGAAAUAGCCAAAUGUCGGAACUCGACCGUAAAAGACAUAUGUAGCAUGACUAUGGAAAAUACCAGACGUUUAUACAAAUUAUAAACGACAAGGAGAUUGGAAGACAAAUAAGCCAUAACUCAGAUUCGUUAAAUAACAUUCAAUUUCUUUGUACUAUAACCCAAUGGUUGGGUCAAACUUUUAUAUUUUAUUUGCAUAUAGCUCAAUAUGUGUAUGGGCAGUUAUGCAUGGUAAUUAGUAAUCAAUAUUAUGUGAUAACCCAAUGGCUGGGUAAUUUUCAAGUGAGUAAUACUCAGUUGACAUUCAUUUAUUUAUAUAUAUAUGUAGAUAUUUGUAAAUAUCAAACAUUUUAGUUAAUGGGGUAUCAUCCAAUGGUUGGGUGUUUUUAAGUGAUCUUUUUAAUGAGAAUUUGGGAAGUUUUCACAAAUAAUAAUUUCCCAAUUGGUUGGGUAUAUUUUAGCUUUGUCAAAUUGACAUAAGGCUUAUUUACUAUUUUCAUAUAUCUAGAUAGAUAAUGAAACAUCUUAAAAAAUAGAAGGGGGAGGUGUGUUGUGAUCUGGGAACCAGUCAUAUUAUUCAUUUAUGAUAACCAGUCUAAUAGAAGCUGAUGUAGGGAACCAGCUAGCAGGAAACAGAUAGACUUUGACUGACCACGACUGAGACCUGACGGACUUAUUACUUCUUGACGAUCAUCUUAUAUCCAUCAUCAUCCGAUACAUAGAUUCGACGCUAGUGCUCAUCUUUAUCAGGUAUGUUUGUAUGGAUAU